AGUCAGGUAGUGCAGGUGCAAGUGUAUGAUUCAGAAUCAGAUCACAUUCUUGGUUAGGUUAGGUUAUAAAGGCCUAUGUAACAGACGUGACGUGAGUCGAGUGUUAUUGCAUCAGCCAUAACAAACCUUUCAAUUGAGUGCCAGUUUUCAUUUUUUGUAUCACCCUUCUGCUAUAAAUCCUUACAAAUUUCAACCAAUGAUGUAACGAGCCUUAUAGCCUACAUGGGAUUUAAAUAAUGUCAUCAAUUUUCUGCCCAACUUGUGCCAAUGUAUUAGCAGUUGAAGAACAUCUGGGUCAUUUAAGAUUUAAAUGUAGAACUUGUCCUUAUAGUUUCAACAUUACUCAACGCAUAAGCCACCGCACCUAUCCCAAGUUAAAGGAAAUCGACGACGUGCUGGGUGGUGCAGCGGCUUGGGAGAACGUAGACUCUACUGAUGAGCGUUGUCCAGUGUGUUGGCAUCCUCGAGCAUACUUCCUGCAGUUGCAAACUCGGUCAGCUGAUGAACCAAUGACUACCUUCUACAAGUGCUGCAGUACCACCUGUGGUCAUCGGUGGAGAGAUUAGG